UUGUCCGGUCGGGAGGACGUGGGUGCGAGUGAAUACACAGGCAGCGGCUCAAAGGCAGCGGUCAGGGAAGUUUCUAUAACUCACUUGAGGGACAACUAGUGGUCCGGUUUCGCGGCAAGGUUUGAACGUUAACGGCACCAAGAUGACCACGACGAUGAUCAUGAGCCAGAUGGAGACCACGGUCCGCUACGAUAACGGCUAUGAGGACGAGUACAUGUUGCAGGAGGAUGAAUGGGACCGGGACAUGCUGCUGGACCCUGCCUGGGAGCAACAGCAGAGGAAAACCUUCACAGCCUGGUGCAACUCCCACCUCAGGAAAGCCGGUACCCAAAUAGAGAACAUCGAGGAGGACUUCAGGAACGGCCUGAAGCUGAUGUUGCUUCUGGAGGUCAUCUCAGGUGAGAGGUUACCGAAGCCUGACAGAGGGAAGAUGCGGUUUCACAAGAUCGCAAAUGUCAACAAAGCGUUGGACUUCAUCACCAGCAAAGGAGUGAAACUGGUCUCCAUUGGUGCUGAAGAGAUCGUAGACGGGAACGUUAAGAUGACACUGGGAAUGAUCUGGACCAUCAUCCUCCGUUUUGCCAUUCAGGACAUUUCUGUUGAAGAAACGUCUGCCAAAGAAGGUCUCCUCUUAUGGUGUCAGAGAAAGACCGCCCCCUAUAGAAACGUCAACGUGCAGAACUUCCAUGUCAGCUGGAAGGACGGCCUGGCCUUCUGCGCCCUGAUUCAUAGACACAGACCCGACCUGCUCGACUACUCUAAGCUCAACAAGGAUGAUCCUCUGGGGAACCUGAACCUGGCUUUUGACAUCGCAGAGAAACACCUGGACAUUCCCAAAAUGCUGGACGCAGAAGAUAUCAUUAACACCCCCAAACCAGAUGAGAGGGCGAUUAUGACCUACGUGUCCUGCUUUUACCACGCGUUUGCCGGAGCAGAGCAGGCAGAGACGGCUGCCAACAGAAUCUGUAAAGUGCUGGGUGUGAACCAAGAAAAUGAGAAACUGAUGGAGGAGUACGAGCGACUGGCAAGUGAGUUGUUGGAGUGGAUCCGCCGCACAACACCCUGGCUGGAAAACAGAACCCCAGAGAAGACAAUGGCAGAGAUGCAGAGGAAGCUGGAGGACUUCCGGGACUACAGGCGCCAGCACAAGCCCCCGAAGGUGCAAGAAAAGUGCCAGCUAGAAAUUAACUUCAACACCCUGCAGACCAAGUUGAGGAUCAGCAAUCGUCCUGCUUUCAUGCCCUCUGAGGGGAAGAUGGUGUCUGACAUUGCGAGUGCGUGGCAGGGCCUGGAGCAGGCAGAGAAGGGAUACGAGGAGUGGCUUCUUACAGAGAUUCGCAGGCUGGAGAGGCUGGAUCACUUGGCUGAGAAGUUCCGCCAAAAAGCAACGAAUCAUGAAAACUGGGCGAGCGGUAAGGAGUUCCUGCUCACCCAGAGGGACUACGAAUCAGCCACCCUGACAGAAAUAAGAGCGUUGCUUCGGAAACACGAGGCCUUUGAGAGUGACUUAGCUGCCCACCAGGACAGAGUGGAGCAGAUUGCAGCCAUCGCACAGGAACUCAAUGAGCUGGACUACCACGACGUGGCUGCUGUGAACAAACGCUGCCAGAGCAUCUGUGACCUGUGGGACAGACUGGGAACACUGACUCAGAAGAGAAGGGAAGCACUUGAGCGAACAGAUAAGCUUUUGGAAACUAUCGACCAGCUGUUCCUGGAGUUUGCCAAGCGGUCUGCUCCUUUCAACAACUGGAUGGAAGGCGCCAUGGAGGACCUGCAGGACAUGUUCAUGGUGCACACAAUCGAAGAAGUCCAGAGUCUAAUCGCAGCUCAUGAGCAGUUUAAAGCCACGCUCCCUGAAGCAGACGCGGAAAGACAGGCCAUCGUGGGGAUCCACAACGAAGUCCUGAAAAUAUCCCAGAGCUACGGACUGAAGGCGACCAUCGUAAACCCUUACAGCACGCUCACUAUCGAGGAGCUGCUCAACAAAUGGGACAAGGUGAAGAAGUUGGUUCCUCAGAGGGAUAGCGCCCUCCAGGAGGAGAUGGCUCGGCAGCAUGCCCAUGAACGGCUGAGACGGCAGUUUGCUGCGCAGGCUAAUCUAAUUGGACCCUGGAUCCAGACCAGAAUGGAGGAAAUCGGACGUUGCUCAUUAGAGAUAGGAGGAACCCUGGAGGACCAGAUGACCCAGCUGAAGCAGUUUGAACAUGUCAUUGUCGCCUACAAGCCCAACAUCGACAAGCUGGAGGGAGAUCACCAGCUCAUCCAGGAGUCGCUGGUGUUCGACAACAAGCACACAAACUACACCAUGGAGCACAUCCGCGUUGGCUGGGAGCUCCUCCUAACAACCAUCGCCAGAACCAUCAAUGAGAUCGAGACCCAGAUCUUGACCCGUGACGCCAAAGGAAUCAGCCAACAACAGAUGAAUGAAUUCAGAUCCUCUUUCAACCACUUUGACCGGAAGAAGAAUGGAGCGAUGGAGACUGAUGACUUCAGAGCCUGCCUCAUCUCCAUGGGCUAUGACUUGGGAGAAGUCGAAUUUGCCCGAAUAAUGAUGCUGGUCGACCCCAACGCCACCGGCAUCGUCUCCUUCCAGUCUUUCAUCGACUUUAUGACCAGAGAGACUGCAGAUACCGACACUGCCGAGCAGGUUGUGGCGUCUUUCCGGAUCCUGGCAGCUGACAAGCCGUACAUCCUGGUGGAGGAGCUGCGGAGAGAACUUCCUCCCGAGCAGGCUGAGUAUUGUAUCACGAGGAUGCCGGCUUACAAGACCCUCGGAGCACCACCGGGGGCGCUAGACUACACGGCCUUCUCCACCGCCCUCUAUGGAGAAAGCGACCUCUAACACUAACAAGAGUUUGAAUGUACUCACCGUCAUGGCGUGACUCAUGAAACUUUAUUGAAAGGAAGAUCAAAUAUGUGUUUGUGACCAUGUGAGUAUUGACUACCCUCAAUCACGAAUGAUUCGUGUUUGUGAACUCCUGCGUUUCAUCAGAGAGAUUUCUAUCCUACACCGUAUUUUCUGCCAUGAUUAGCCACUCAUCUCAUUCACUAUUAAAGAUCAGAAAAUGUUCAAGCUGAUGAUGCUCUGCUUAGUUGGAUUUCUUCCAAACAUUUUUGGACUUAAAAAGAUCUUGAAAGUUGCUUUCUUUAUUUGUAGUCUUAUACAGAACUACAAAGCAGAGUUUGACUGUGUCGUAUGGUGUUAGUGUCAUGGAUAGUCUCACCUACAGGCUGUUUUCCUUCCUCAGUUGGAAUUACUGUGGUGUGAUUCUGGACAGAGUCUUGUCCACAGUGAAGCUCCUAAGCAAACAAUGUACAUUUCACCUCUGAUAUUAACUGGAAAGACAUUUAAAUAUUAAAUACAAGAUUGACCCAUUUUGGGAUUAAAAAUGAAAUGUAAAACUCAAAUAAGAAAUUUAAAAAAUGUAUAAAAAAGGUUUUAUAUUACAUCAAGAACAGUUUUCAAGAACAGAAAAUACGCCUAUAUAUAUGAAAUAUUCAUUCAGUGCAGCUUCAAUUUACUCUCAACCAAUGUAACUGAAUUUUCCUCAUUUAAUCCCAAUUCAUAUAUUUAUUUUGUCAACAGUGGUCAUUCGUGGAAACAUUGCAUCAGUACAAUAAAAUUUUACUUCCCACGAGUCCCACGAGUU